UUUUGGGAUUAAUAGAAAGACGUGGCAUGAUGUGAGGCAGACAAUUUCCGAGCCACAACCCUGAACGUACUAUAUGCCCACGCCAUCGUUGUCUCUUCCUCAACAAACCAGCUUCAGCCUUCAGCUCGAGGCAUUAGCGCGCCCACUCGUGUUUGUGUUGUGUUGUACUGUGUCGGCCAUUGUUAUCCUCCUUAAAAUGCGCGCUCUUCUUACCUUGAGACCUCCGUGCAUUUCUUCUUGUUAUUUUCCUCCUACUUCCUCCUCUUCCAAUUCCUUUCUCUAUAGCUGCUUUAGACCCAACAAGCGUUUCCAUUUAUUCAAGCCUUGUUCUUCCCUCAGACAAACAAAGAAGCAGCAGUCCCUUCAAAAGAGUCCGCCCAAUGCUCCACAGAGUGUGAGGUGGUUCCUCAACCCCAAAGGCGACGAUGACGAGAAAAUAAAAGGGGAUGGGGAUGGGGAUAAUGGAGAAAUUGAAGGGGACACUGCGCUUAAAGGUACCCUUUUGGCUGGAGUUUUACUUGUGGGUGUUGUUGGUGGAUUUGGAUUUGCUGGGUACGUCUACAAGGACCAAAUCAACGCUUUCUUGAACCAGUUCUCCACUUUCAUUGAAGGCUAUGGACCUGCUGGAUAUGCUUUGUUUGUAGCAGUUUAUGCAGGAUUGGAAGUUCUUGCUAUUCCUGCCAUUCCAUUGACCAUGUCUGCUGGUCUUCUUUUCGGCUCUGUCAUUGGCACCAUUAUAGUCUCUAUUAGUGGAACAGUGGCGGCAAGUGUUGCCUUUCUGAUUGCUAGAUAUUUUGCUCGUGAGCGAAUUCUAAAACUAGUUGAAGGGAACAAAAAGUUCCUUGCAAUUGACAAAGCAAUUGGAGAAAAUGGCUUCAGAGUGGUGACCCUCCUUCGAUUGAGUCCUUUGCUCCCGUUUUCACUGGGGAAUUAUCUCUAUGGAUUAACAUCUGUGAAGUUUGUGCCAUAUGUGUUGGGAAGUUGGCUGGGGAUGCUUCCAGGAACAUGGGCUUAUGUCAGUGCCGGUGCAUUCGGUCGAGCAAUUAUUCAAGAGGAUUCAGAGUUCGGGAUCGGUGGAGGAAAUGGUAUAUUGACUCUCGGACUCGGACUGUUGGUCACUGCUGUAGCAGCAGCUUAUGUGACGCAGCUUGCAAAGGAUGCCGUGAAAGAUAUCGAGUGAGCAUUCAGGAGCCAGUUUUGGUACACUUAAGUUGAUUACAGUAUAGCUGAAAAUUGUAAAACUGACGACUGCAAAUCUAGCGUAUAUACAUCAAAAUCAAUCUGUAUGUAAUGCAAUGAAUUCCACCUUUUAGUGAAUAUACCAUCCUUAUUGUUACG